AUGUACAAAAAAGAAAGCUCUAAAUCAGCUGAAAAGUCUAAAAUUUCAGUUUCCAGAAUAACUCUUCCUCCUAAACCAUCAUUUUCUAAAGAUUACGAACCUCAAAGUUGUAAAAAUUGCUUUGAAAAAUCAUCCUCAAAUUUAAAUUCUGCAAUCCAUCCAGUGUCGCCUUUGGUUACUUCAUCAGGAUUUUCGAGGGGCGCAGGUCAAAUGGCAUUGCCUUUUUGAUAGUGUCUAUUUGAAAAAAAAUUUGAAAAUUUUUGAUAGUGAGACAUUUGACCGACAUAACCGUUAAUUUUCAGCCAAAUGUCGUAUUAUUAAAAAUUUUCAACCAAAUGUAUUUCGAUGAAAUGCAUACUUUUAAAAUUCCACUGUCAUUUGACAUGGAGCCAUUUUCGAGUUCUCAAUACAAUACGCCUAGAAAUUCUUCACAGAUUUUAAAUAAAUUCACAAUGUAUACUAAUAGUGUUUGCCACAGUCGGCUUAAUAGUGAGGAUUUAAGUACUUCUUCAGACGGCGAAUUCCAAGAAGCAAGGGAAAGCAUUAAAAAGCUCGAAAAUGAAAAUUUGAGGUUGAAAAUUGAGCUUGUACAUAAUAAAGAGCAGUUAUUGCUUUUUUAAUUAAUUUUUCCGAAAAUUAUUUUUUUUUUUCCAAAAAUCCCAUAUUCAAUUAUUUAUAUAAUAAAUAAACUACGAGAAAAAGUGGAGGAUUUAAGAAAAGAAGCUAGAGAAAAAGACAGCAAAAUAGCUCAUGUAAAUAUGUUAUUAAAAGAAAGCGAAAAAAAAUUCUUAUCGCUUAAGGGAAUUCAAAAUUUAGAGCAAUUCAGCGAUAAAGAUGAGCAAAUCAAAGAUUUGGAAUAUAAAUUAAAUCUACAGAAAAAUGAGUUAACAGAAAGGUUCCUAAAAGAAAAACAAGAGUUAGAAAUCAAAAUCAUUGAGCUGGAUAUGCUAUAUGGACUAUUAUAAUAAAUAAAAUAUUUUCUGUGAAAUUUUUAAUUUAUUUUUUAUAUAUAAUCAGGAUUCUACUAAAAAAUAAAAUAGAGAAAAAAAUAAAAAUGAAAUCCAGACCAUUACUAAUAAUUAUUUAGAAGAGCAAAAUAAAGAGUUAAAAAAUAUUGAAGCAAAAUGCUCAAUCUUGGAGAAGGAAAACCAAGAACUUAAAAGUGCUUCCGAAAGCUCUUCCAUUCAAAGAGUUGCUAAUUCCCCCUUAAAUUAGGACAAAUUUUUUUAUUUUAAUAAUGCUAGUACAAGUAAAAUAUUAUUUAAACAGUUUUAAAACUGAAUCGAUUAAAUUUUUGAAUCUUGCUGAAUAAAAAUAAAUUAAAAUUCAAAAAAAAGUGUUAAUUUUUUUUUUUUAUAAAAAAAAAUGGAACAGGAUUUUUAUUCUAUUUUCAAUUGGAGAGUAAGCUUUCCUCACAAAUUGAAGCUGAAAUAACCCAAUUAAAUCACGUUUUUGAAAUGAUGGUAUCAGACCGACGAGUAAGCUUAGCUAUGCUUAUAAUCGCAGCUCAAGCUCGUAUAAAUAUGUCCCCUUCUCCAAUUAUAACUCGAUAGCCUAUUUAGAUCGCUGAGAAACAAUACCUAAAGAGGUAAAUAGCAGUCUAGCAAGUCAAAAUGGAAAUGAAAACUGUCAUUUUUCUUAAAAGUACAGAUAAAAUUUGACACAUUUUAUCUUUAGACUCUGACUUGUCAUGCAAAAUGGAAUUGCCACGAAAAUAGCAUUCUCUUUAAUUAUUAUUCCAGAGCGAUCCAAAAAAAGUGUAUGUGAUAUACAACAAUUUCAUCUCUUGAAAAUUCUUUAAAAGAACUUUCUCAUAUGAGGACUGCGAUGUCAGAUUUAUAUGCAGAAAAGUGCGGAAAUGCUUGCAAAAUACAAUAA